AUGGGAAGGCAUAACGGCGGAAGUGACCACAGCAGUACCGACGAAGACAACGAUGAAUCGGAAGACCGUUUCUUCGACGCGGACGACGGUCUUGCUGCCGUUGCCGUUGGCCCUGUUGGGUCCGCCGCAAUUGCACUGGACUCGAGUCACGCCAACGAGAGAAUUCCUCACCACCAGUGUACCAGUGAGGAAUUGUCCCAGCAAGGGAGCCGCCGCCGUCGCAGUAGCAGCCGCAGUACGAGCGAAGUAACAAAGGCGACGGGGCCAAAGUUUCUAUCAUCAUCGACAAAUUUAUUCUUAUCGUCCGACCGGAACUCAGCUGAGCCAGAGCGAGAGCCAGACCUAGACACGACGCCAGACCUCCACCACCAACAAUUGCACCACAAAUCGUCGUCAUGUCUCGCGUCCCGCGUCAACGCUAGUGGGCUGCGAGUGCCUAAGGCUCGUCCCGACCGCGCUGCCGUUGAUGCAGCCGCUGGUGUUGUUGUCACUCCUGCUGCUGCUGCUUUUGCUGCUGUUCCCACUAUUGCUGCUGAUACUUCGGCGAGUACGGCUACUACUGCCCGCUCUGCGUCAGAUCGCCGUGAUGAUGCACCUGCACGUUCGAGAGUUGUGACUGCUGCACCUCCGCAACCAUCACCACCACUCCCUCCACAACAACAACCACGGUCGCCUCCCCUGGCUACAACACGCUCCCUCUCCCUGAACCGUUCCUUACCAUUGCCGUCGCCGUCGCCAUUACCUUCUCCACCACCAUCCCUGGAGACUUCCGUGUCGACGGCUCUCUCACUCCGAGCGCCGCCGUUGUCAUCGUCGCCGUUCACAACAGGUCUCAAGGCUUCCUCAUCCGUGGUGGCACUAGAUCCUAAACAGAAACACAACCACCACCACCUCGCCAGGGAUCUCUACCGUUCAAUUCCGAUCCCACCUAUACCUGACGACGUUUCCAGUCACACAUCUCAACACUUCCGUGAUCCACGUCGAUCUUCUUUCUCCUCCUCGACCGCUGCACCACUGAAACGACCUGCAACGGCUGGUGGAGUGACAGCGUCAUCUGUCUCGUCCACGAUCAAGAGAAACCUCUCGCGCCCACGAUCACACCACGGCACCGGGAAUGCGACAAAUUUCAGCAACAUCCAGAACAAUUUCAGCAACAAGGAUCAUAGCAACACCAUCGAUACACAGAGUCGACGACAACGACAUUCUCUCGAGCCUGGCAACAACGAGUCCACCGAUCACAACGCUUCGACCCGUGCCAACCGUCGUCCCGCCUCCGUCAUUGGCCUCGACAUGGCUCGUCACACACGAGGCCGAACAGAAGAUUUGUUCUUGGAAUUGGGCAACUCGCGAAUGAGUGGUGACAAUGGCUUCAACGAGGGAACAUAUGGAACACUACAAACUCGAGCCGAUCGACUUGCCAGCAAUUCCGCCAAGCGUUUCUCACUUCCUGUGAAUCCUGCAUACAGCCCUGUCGACCUUGCAUCCAACGGCGGGAUCGUUGGACACACUCAGCCCUCCCGGCCAUCGUCGCGCUUGCAUGCAUCAACCAUUUCCAACACACAAAAUCGACCUUCUGACCGAUACAGAAGUCCACAUGGCCGGAACAGCAUCUACGACGAUGAGUCCGUCUCCGUAGCCGGUCUCUCUCUCUCAGAGCGCAAUCGUCGCUAUUCUACUGCGCCCGAGCGCACGCAGAUUUCGCCCACACGGCUGCGACAAGGUCUGCGAUCUGCUGAUGUGCAGAAUCUACCACGUGGAAGAUCUCUCCUGCCUCUGCAACACGAACACGAGCUUGCUCCCAUAAAGGCACACGAUUCGCAGGACGAAUCACCCGCGGAUAGCUCGGAACCCAAGCAGGCUGGGUCUGACUCGGUCGAGUCGCAGACAGCAGAUACUGUCUGGGAUGAACUUGACGAUCUGAAGUCGCGCAUUAAGAAGCUUGAGCUGACUGGUAAAAUGCCUUCGACCUCCAGCGCGGCGGUGUCUGGUGGUGAUGGCGAACGUCCUCAAACUGCUACCACAGCUCCCACAACUAUCGACUUUUCUCCAAAGCAGAAAGAUCGCAAACCCACGAUUGACAUGAGUGACCGAGCCUCGACGCCUUCAGUGGCAGAUGCGCCAGCUGAAGACGAGCAAACGUCCGCUCCGACACACCCUCUGCUUGAUGCAGCUCUUGUCAAAGCCAAGCCGCUCCUCAAUGGUUCUUUAUAUCGCAUUCUGGAGGCGACAGCCACUGAGGCUCUGCAGCUAGCCACUCUCUCAAGUGGCGGAAAUGGGCGAACUAAUCAAGGUAAUGCUGCAUCCUCUGCGCACUUCGAACGUCAGAUCAAGCGCAAAGCCGACAACAUGUGCCGCAACCUGACCGACCUUUGUAUUGCAUUGUCCGAAGGCAAGCAUGAGUCACAGCCGAAUCUCGUCAAAACACCAUCUCUAGCUCUCGAUACAUCUUUACGACGCUCUCCGCCAUUGAGGACACCCCGCAGUGUCACUGCCACCGACCGCACAUUUCCAUUUGAUAGGUCCGCCGCAGCCAACAACGCAGCGGGAGCUGCAAACAUUGGACGACCCAUCAGCCGCCUCGAAGCCCGGCGCAGCAGCAUUCUAGGUCUGUCAUCUUCGCCAGGGGGCUUCUCCGCUCUUGGAAACAGUGCUCGUCGUGAGAGCUUAGCCAUCGACGACUAUAAUUCUACAUCAGAUGAGCACGAAUCAACGACGACACCAAUGUCAGCCUCUCGGGCGCAAUUCAACCGUAAUAAUGACCCUCAGCAACAGCCUCCCAGACGUGUCAGCCGUGCCCCAAGCGCAUUCCUCCUUCGAGAAAAAGCGCACCUCCGUCAACGACAGCACCAACGUGAUGAAGAAGUCUCACAAUCCCCACCCAUGCGCAAUAACCACUAUUACCACGAUCAUGAACAUAAUGAAAACGAACACGACAAUGACCCAACCAUUCGACCUCUAUCCCGCGCAAUGACCGAUAUUGGCGGCGUCCGCGCUCGUGCUGCUGUCAGCAAAGGAAUCUUGACCUCCCCUCCGGCUGCGUCUCACAAUAUGUUGGGAACCUCUCCUUCACAAUUUUCGCACCUCCGCUCACCGCCGGCCGGCACUGCCUUUGCGAAGGACCAAAAUUAUUCCCAUCAACAUCUGCUCCGUCGCGAUCGAGAAGGAAGUCCUGCCGUCAGCACUCCACCUGAUGGUACGCCGUUAACGACACCAUCCUCUUUGCUCGCCCGGGACAUUCUUGCUUCUUCGUCAUCUGCAUCUUCCUCACCAUCGACUGCCGCUACGGCUCGAACUUCGAUGACCGAAUUCCUCUGCCGCAGCUACGUGCUCGGUCUCCGCCGCCUGAAUCCCGGCAACCCGACCCAAGUCUUCGUGAUCAUCUCCGACAGAUUCACACCGCAAGGUCCGCCAUUCCACGAUAUUCCGUCUGUCCUCCGUCAACGGACAAUCCAUCCCCUGUCCACGAGCAAACACUGGCCCAUUGCCUGCGUCGGCUUCAACAAGGACGUCGAUCAGAAACCGGAGAUGGGUUGUUUCCUGGGCCUCACCGAGGCGCAGAUGUUGGCCCGUGGCCGUCGUCCCUCGACACGGGCUCUCGACAUCCCAGGGUGGGGAAAGGCAUUUAAGAUUGUGCCGGAGCAGGCCAUCGCGGCGUGGGAGAGGGAGUUCGUGUCCGGAGCGGAGGCCGGGAGGGAGAUUGUUAGGAGAAAGACGGGGUUGGAGGUGGAUGCUGUGCGGGAGAUUAUUGCGGAGGCAAAGAAAGACGAUUGUUGA